UGAAAUGCGAAUUAAAUAAUUUAAAUUGGUAUUUGAAAACGGAUAAAAUGUGUGCGGCACAUGCAGAUGGCUCCUGGAUAAGCGCCGUGUUCGACGAAAUAGCGCUGGAAGGCUUGGAAGGCACCACAUUGCCAUAUUUGUGGUCCUUGCUAAACAUACGUCUAUACGGUGGGAAACCUUUGCCGGACGCGCUGCAGCAGCAGAUAUGGUUGCUAUUGCUGCGCUCCACGGACAAAGUGAAGUUCUAUGAGCUGUUCGUAGCACGUCCUUGGCUGCCACCCUAUAAGCGCUUCAAUGAUCAGGAUGAGGAAUCGGGCUUGCCAGUGGUCCCGGAAAGCUGCCCCUUUUUGCGUCCGCCCUAUGCGCCUAUACAGGAUGGGUCCAUUCGUGGGAACUGCAUGGACUACAAGAUGCGCAAGGCCGUUAAUGUAAGUGUGCUGCAGGAACUAACCGCCGCGGCGGCAACCGAGCGCUAUCACCAGACGCUGGUUGUGGUGGCCAGUCAGGAUGAGCGUACAAAGGCACUGAAGCCACCCAAUAUGCUGCUGCCCCGUGAGAUGUCCGUGCAACACUAUAUAUUUCUAGAGAGUGUAGGACGUGCACGCUACAAUGGCGAAACGACGCGUGGGCCCUGGUCGAUGACCAACUAUUUUAAGGAUCCGAGCUUAAUAUUUUACUUAAGAAAUUGGUUGCUGAAGCAGCAUCUGAUAAUUGGCCAGCAAUAUACGGAACGCUGCAAUGGACGCAAUCUGGCCUCGACGUUGGUCAUGCUGCCGCGCUUCUUUCGCAUCUACAAGAAUCAUUUGCAGUGCCUCAUGGAGAAGUUUUAUACAGAGAUUAAGGCGAGUCCAAACCAGUAUGUGCCCCCGGGCGAAAUUUUGGAUCGCAUACCGGAUCUGAAUCAUUCAAGGAUGAAAAAGCUGCUCGUUUCGCACAAUUUUCGGAAGAUCUUUGAGACUACAAUGGUUUAUCCGCCACAGCCAGCCAGCAGCGGCGCCAAGCAGACCAAAGGACGAAAGAUUUCGGUGGUGCGUCUGCGUAAUCCCAACAUGGAGUUCGAAGAGCUUAGCCAAAUGGACAACAAUGAUGAGCGCGACGACAAGGAGCCGGAUGAGUUGCUAAGCCAGCGUCACGCCUAUGUCAAUAUGCCCAUUGAGCUUGAGUGUCUGCGCGCCAUCAAGCGUUUCGGUGCACGCGGCAUGACUACCCUCGAGCUAGGCCAAUAUGUGUCCAUUAAUUUUCAAAUCGCACGCAGUGCCAUCAAGCAUCUGCUGCGUAAGCAAAUGAUCAAAAGUUAUACGGAAACUGUGGGCAAGUCGCGCCUCACACGCUUUGUGGUUGUUGGCACAGAGGCCGAGGCAUAUGUCAUGGAAAAAAAAGAGCAGUUGGAAAAGUCGGUGUUGCAGCUGCAGUGCCAGGAGCAGCUGAACGUGCCACAGAAUGUAGACAUUGUUGUAAAUGAUCUGCCCAAUAUUAAAGUUAAUGUGCGUCCCAUGGUAUUCAACAUGAAGCCGGCUAAAAGCGCAGAAAAGGAGACACCACAGCAUGUGGCACGCAAAAUAUUAAUUGUGCAGCAAAUUGACAAGUCCUGCAUCAUACAUACCAUGGAUUUGGCGAGGUCCAUAAUGCAAUCAGAGAAGAAUAUCGGUUCGCUUGAGAAAAUAUGCCGCAAAUCAAUGUUUCGGCUGCUAGAACGAAUGCAGCAUGCACGCAUUUUGAAUUUGUACGAGGUGACACUAGAGUAUGAGCAACGUGUGCGUCUCUAUCGUCUGGUCACGCAUCCCAAGAUUGAUAUCCAGCACGAGCAGCUGCAGCGCGAAAUUUUGCGUCUGAAGAACAAUUUCCAUUUGCUGACUGAGGAACGACAAAUGCGUCCCUCUCAACUGGCGGGCAAGGACCGACGCGAGUUGUUGGCACGCAAAAGGUUACGUAUGGAGCGUCAGCAGGCGGAAAAGCCAAAACCAUCGGCGCCCAAGCUGCUGGUGGCGUGCACCCUGCACGAGUUCCUCUUCUUUUUGCUGUGCGAACAGCAACGGGAGCAGAAGCCGCUGGAAAUGAACGAGGAACUGUUGCAGCAUUGGCAACGUACGGAACCAUCGCUGAUGACACGCGAGUUUCUGCAGGAAUGGCAGGCCGAAGAGUCAGAAGUGCUGCCCUACACGCAAGAGAUAAGCUGGCGCACCUUCAUACCACCGCUGCCAUCCUACAGUGACAAACCCGCCGGCUGGCUGUACUUUGUGGAUGCACUGGAGCGUAUGCCGCUGUCGCUGAUGUUGCGUAUAUUUCGGGUUGAGCGGGAUAUUAUGGACAAAUUGCGACCCCAACUGCAGCAUCCGGUGCGUCAGCAUUAUCUGCUUAGCCAGCUGAAACUGCAGCAACUCAUACCACGCGUGAGUCUACAGCAGCGAUAUCUGGGCACGCUGCGACUGCUGAACAACAUGGGCCUGUUGCAGGUCAGCGAACGGCAGCUCGGUCGCGAUACACUGCAGCGUUGGGUCUAUCUGAAUCGACGCACCUGCCUGCUGGACACCACCACGAGCAGCGGACAUAAUUACAAACGCAUUAGUCCGGAGCGUAGCUAUGAGAAGAUCACGUUUGAGUUCGGGAGUCGCGAACAGAUUGCAGACUAUUGGGCCAAGCUGCAGCAUGUGUGCAUCUAUACCAAGCUGGGUUUCCUCAAGCACAAGGAGCGUAAGGUGGUCGGCAGGAAUGAGAACCGUCUGCAACCCUUAAGCUUUGUGCGCACAGUUGACUUUGAAGAAGCACUGGAGCUGGAUAAUGGCAGUGUGCCGGGUGAUCAGCAAGGCGCCGCUGGUCUUAGCUCGUCGCUCUUUGCUCAUCAGUUUCGUCACUGGUCCUGGGUGAAGCGCAACUCAGUUGCUGCCGCCCGGUCAACGGCAUCCAAUGCACGCAAGGCCACAGCGCCGUUCCCUGUGCGCAAGCGUCUCAGUUUGAUGCGCCUCAAGCCGGUGCCACGUUUCAGUAAAAUCCGUGGUCCCAACUCGAUGGAUGUGCGAAAGCGCAAGAGCGGACCGCGAGAUGACAUAGAUCGCGAUGCAUUGCGCAAUAUGCGCACCCUGCGCGUCACCUGGUGCCCCGCCGAGGAUCGUGUGCUCAAAAUGGGACGGGCUGUCUACCUGUUCAUUGAUGCACCGCUGCCAGCACUGGCACUCUAUAAUGUGGGCACCAUUUGCCGUGAUGUAAUCCGUCGCUAUUUGGGCAUCAAUAACAAGACGACGCAGGCUUGUGUGCGCCGGCUGCAGUUCCUCAUACGCAUGAAACGCGAUCAGCCCGACGUGCGCAAUUGGAUCUAUAUGAUGCAGGCCCAGCCGGAGUUCAAUGCCAUCUACAAUGAACGUUUCCUACCCCAGCUCAAGCAAGAGUAUCCUGCACGCAGCGAUCAAAUCGAGAAGCUAAUUAUUCACUUUGUGAUCAUACUUGAGAAACUGCAUCGUAUGAUCAUUAAUGAGGACUUUGUGUAUCGUCAAUUCUUGCUGCCGGACAACCUUGAGGAUUAUCGCAGCCGUUUCAGGGAGUGCAUCCCGCCGAAUGGUGAACAGGAUUCAUUGCUUUAUGCAAAUCCAACUACAGAGACCGAACUGCAGAUAACUGUCGUCUUAGGUGUACAGCAUAGCAUACUGUGCAGCGCCAAGGAUAAGACUCUGUUCAAUCUGCAAGCAUUCGAGAUCUACAAACACUUCUCUGAGGAUGUACUGAAUGCGGUUUUUAAUAAAGCGCGAGCUGAUUCGCUGUUGGUGGCCGUCAAGCGGCGUAAUAUGCAGCACGUUAAUCGUCAAGUAUCCGGACCGGGACAUUUGCUGAGCUCUAAGUACAAGUACCGGCUGGUGUGCCAAAAGUACGGACACUUGCUCUACGACGCCUACUAUGCUUUCGAGAGACGUUUCCAUGAGCAGCCGGGCUUGACCAGUUUGCAAUUGCCCUCGCCCAAUUUCGCUCAACUGCUGCUUCUGGGCGAGUGGACGACAAAUAACUGGUUAGCUUUGGAUCUGCAAUUGCCAGCAAAUAUACUCAAUGUGGACACGAGCAGCAUGCCCGUCAAGAGCGGCUCCGCCACUGAUCGAAUAUUGGAUCAUUAUAGCAGCAUCUUUGACAAUGCACCGCAAACGGAGUAUGCCAAGCGGCUGGAGAGCGUCUGCAGUGCUCGCCAUGCGGCUCGUGUGCGUUUCCAUCCAGCGAAUCUCACGUAUCGGGUGCAGUGCAGCGUCUACAAUCAGCUCAAUAAACUGCCCAUGCGCUCCAUGCACUUCUUUUGCGCUCUGGACGCGCUUGGGCAAUCGGUUAACAUUAGCUGCGCGCGGCUGGAGCACGGCGAAUGCCCCUUUGGUUGCAUUAUGCGCAGUGGAAACUAUCUGAAUGCCAUAGAGCGCAUCAUCUAUGAGCAUCGCGCCCUUUUACGUCAGCUGGUGGCGGAUGCAUUGCCGAUGGUGCCGCUGCAGCUGCAACUGGAUAGCUCCACGUCGAGCAGCACGACGCUUACCGUGUCCACGGGCAAUCUCAUAGCGUUGGUGCAGCAACUGGAGGCUUACUGGCGCCAGCAGCAGCAGCCGCAGGAGGUAAAGGAUCUGGGCAAAACUCUAGCUGACACAACGCUGUAUAGGAUCACGAAUUGGCAUACGCUUUGUAAUGCGCUGCUCAACUAUGAGGCGGGCAAAGAGGAAACAGAUCGGCCACAGAAUUACGAACCUUCGUUGAACAAGGAGGAGCGUGCACGCGCCCAGGACGUCUUUGUCGUCCAUCUGCCCACCAUUCGCAUGAAGGAACUAGAGCAUUCGCAGCUGCAGCCUAAACAUGAUGAGCGGCGUAAAAUGGUGCUCGAUAAGGUGGCCAAAGCCACCUAUUGGCACUAUACGGAUAACAGCUUCGAGACGCUGCUGCCCACGCUGCUGGAGCGCAACUAUGAGCCGAGCGCCAUUCAGCACAUAAAAGACAUUCUGGAGCAUGUACAACAAUACCCCCUUGGCGCAGAUGCUGUGGAGCUGCGACGCAUUUUUCCGUUGGGCAAAUUUUUGCUGGAGGCGCUGCUCGAACUGGAGGCGCAUGAUCUUAUUAAGCGUGUGGGCGUGGCCAGCUAUAUGUAUGUCCAUAAAUCGCAUAUGCGCAACUGGGUGGUGCACACGUUCCAUAUCAAGCGAUUGGAGCGUGAGCGCGUCCAGACACUGGUAGCUGCAUCGCCGGCAACGUUGCAAGCGGUGGCGGGCCAAAAGCGCCAACUGUCUGACUCGGAUACACAACAGGCGAGUCCCAGCAAAAAGGUCAAACUGUGCUUCACGCCGCUGAUGGAGCCGAGCAGCGGGGAUGAGGCCACAGACACGGAUACAGACGGUGAAAUGGCAAUGUUCAAUUGCGCCCGCCGCUCCAAACGGCUUAAGCGAGCAGAGGGCAAUCCGGAAUCGGCGGCUAAGUCCGUUGGCGAUACUGAGGCCACGCGCGAUGUGAUUGCAAUGCGUCCACAGCCCUGGAUACGUGUGAAUGCUUCUCUCAAUCGUCGCGUCCUCGAUCGCUGGAUGGGCGCCGUGCUGAGUGAGUGCAUUACGCGCAACGGCAGCACCGUGCACAGCCUGUUCCUUCGCUUUCCGCAUCUGUUGCCCGUGGACACGAUGCUCCUACUGGAGCUACUUUGCGAUCUGGACUGCAUUGAGCUCGUCGAACUGCAGGUGCCGACGGUGCAUUUGGAGAGCUCAUAUGAUGAUGAUUUCCAAGAAGAGCAAGUAACUGUCCUGUACGAUCCCAAUUGCACCUAUGUCAAGGUGCACACGGACGCCAUAGGACAUUUGACAAAUUUUAUAGGAUGCAAGAAAUACAAUUCCGAGUUUAUUUAAAAUAAAAACCAUCGAAUUAUUUCUAUGUUUACUACUUUGUGUGCAAUAAUAAAUCCCCACACUUAAAAGCCUGUAAAACGUCUAUCAACGUCAAAGGAAAACACAAAGUUCAAAAUCUCAAUUUUACACCUAAACGUUACGACUGUGAGAUAAAAACGGAAAAUAUAAACGAGAAAGAAGGGCUUUCUUUGGCACGCCAAAGAUUUGAUACCCUUGCAGACCCAACCUUUCAAACUAAGUUUUUCGUACAACUUAAUUUUCGACCAAUCGUUCCUAUGAAAGCUACAGAUAUAAUGGUCCGAUGUAUAAAGAUUUUGAAUAAAUGACGAGGGAUUUAUAAAUGCCGAGUUUGGUCAUGAUAUCUAGAUAAACAAAAUAGUUUUU